AUGAGAUUGAAGCUCAGUGGAGGCAAUGGAUAUAAUAAAGUGGUCUCGAUAGAUAAUGAUGCCACUUUGGAAAGAUUAAUACUGGCGUCAGAAGCUCCAUUACCGGUGGCGGGAAUCAGGUAUGGGUACCCACCACAGAGGGUAGACAACAACCAAGAGGCAUCACAAUCGAAACUGGAUUCACUUGGUAUAAGUUCUGGCGAAAAAAUCACACUGAUAUUCCAAGACGAGGGCAACAAAUCUAAAUCGGUGACAGAAGCACCACCAUCAUCACAGCCAUCCAAUGAUCAGCUAUCACCCAACAAAUGCAAGAUAUCCUUACCAACUGGAGAAGAGACAGUCUUACAAGUGCGUCAGAUACCAGAUGAUAAUUCAUGUCUUUUCCAUUCACUGUCAUAUUGCGUAUACAAGGACAUAUCGUUGUCACCGACGUUGCGUACCGUCUGUUCCGAUCGCAUUCGUAAUGAUAAAGUACUUUAUUCCGACGCAGUACUAGAUAGACCUAAUGAAGAGUAUGCACAAUGGAUUUUGAGAAAGGAUUCGUGGGGUGGUGGUAUUGAAAUUGCCAUAUUAUCAAAAAAUUUCGGUGUGGCCGUAUAUGUGCUAGACAUGGAUGCACAAAAAUUCGAAAAAUUCAAUGAAGAUCAAUUCGAUCAAUUCGUCAUUGUUAUGUUCAAUGGAGUUCAUUAUGAUUCUCUCGAGUUGGUUAAUCAAAGGACAGUUUUCGAUAGACGCGAUGAAAUAUUCAGCGAAGCUGUCUUGGAAGCGGCACUGGAAAUCGCCAAGCAAUUAAAGAAAGGUGGUCACUCUUUCAACACUCGCAGAGAUAGAAUCAUUUGCAAUACUUGCAAGACCAUUUUAGUAGGUGAGAGGGAUGUCGCUAGACAUGCAGAAUCUACCGGCCAUGUUGAUUUUGGUCAGGCAAAGAAUUAA